GGAACAGAAGAAUUUCGAGGUCCAACCACCUCCUGACACAUGGCAAUUGGAUAGGCAGCAAUGCAGAUAAGCCAUCGACUGACGAAUUUCAAACGAAUAGACAGGAAAAAUGGCAACCAUCUCUAUUCCUCUAUUGCAAAAAGCCAUCUCCGGCCGGCAACUUCCGGCCAAAUGUGGUCGUCCCACUCCUCAAGAGCUCCACUUGCCCUUCAAAAUCAGGUGUUACUCGACGAGGGAUGGUUUCAUAUCUGUAGAUAGUUUUUCUCAAUUUAAGGAGCUGAGGAGUGUAGCUUGUGGCGUUCUUGCUGUUUGGGCUGUCACUGCUGCCUCGCCUGUGAUCGCAGCUAAUCAGAGGUUGCCUCCUUUGUCGACAGAGCCAAAUAGAUGUGAACGUGCAUUUGUGGGCAAUACAAUAGGUCAAGCAAAUGGAGUCUAUGACAAACCACUCGAUCUUCGUUUCUGCGAUUACUCUAACGAGAAAUCCAACCUUAAGGGGAAGUCUCUCGCUGCAGCGCUCAUGUCGGAUGCAAAGUUUGAUGGGGCAGACAUGACUGAGGUGGUGAUGUCAAAGGCAUAUGCUGUUGGAGCCAGUUUUAAGGGCACAGACUUCUCAAAUGCGGUUGUGGAUCGAGUGAAUUUUGGGAACGCAAACCUCCAGGGAGCCGUGUUUAAAAACACUGUGCUAUCUGGAUCCACGUUUGUGGAAGCUCAACUCCAAGAUGUAGACUUUGAGGACACCAUCAUUGGUUACAUUGAUCUUCAGAAACUUUGUACAAAUAAGACUAUCAACGAUGAAGGAAGAGUUAACUUGGGAUGCCGAUAAUCUUUUCGCAAUUGCUUGGUAUUUGUUUCUUUUUCUCAUAUAGUAUACCAUAAUAUAUAAAGUGAGUUGUAUUUGCUGAAGAUAGUUGUACUAAUCCGUUUUCCUUAAACUUUCAAAAUAUAUUCUGAUUUAUACAGCCAUAAUGAAUUGUAUUCACUUUGUAUACUGCAUGACACUCCACAUAGAAUUCUUAUAAUUUUCAGUUUA